AUGGAACGCCCCGACUCGAAUAUCAACUACGAAGACGCUAUAAACUACUGGAGCAACGUGCCACCUACUGUAGACGGUGUUUUGGGCGGUUACGGUCCCCAAACACCCGUUCCUUCGCAAGAUGUCCACGGCUCCAUGCAUUUUGUCCGCAAACUGAAGUCUAGAAUGGUUCCCGCGCAGGGCAUGAGUCGCUGGAGUGUCGAUAUCGGCGCAGGCAUCGGCCGUGUCACUCGCGAUUUCCUCAGCAAGAUCAGCGACAAAGUAGACCUUGUAGAACCCGUCAAGCCCUUUGUAGAGCAGGCCCGCGUUCAGCUGGAACCGCUAGCACAAAGCGGCAAAUUAGGGACUAUUUACGACGUCGGAAUGCAAGACUGGGUCCCAGAAAACGGCAAGUACUGGCUUAUCUGGUGUCAGUGGUGCGUAGGCCACCUGCCCGACGAAGAGUUCGUUAAAUUCCUAAAAAGAUGCAUACAAGGCCUCCAGCCAAACGGCACCAUCGUCGUCAAAGAGAACAACACCACAGGCGAAGAUGACUUCGAUCCCCAAGACAGCAGCAUUACAAGAUCUGACGAAAAGUUUAGGGCCCUAUUUUCCCAGGCGGGCCUUAAGCUCAUUGCGACGGAACGUCAGAAGGGCAUGCCCAAGGAACUAUACCCAGUGAGGAUAUACGCUCUCAAGCCCCAGCAAUCGGAGCAGCCCGCCCAGUCCGAGCACCAUACAUAG